AAAUUUCUUAAAACUUUAGAAUAUUUGUAUUGCUUAAAGCAAAAAUUAUGGCCGAUGUUGACGAUUUAUUUAACUUGUUUGACACCGUUAACGACGAGGAAGAAAGCGGCAGCGUUCCUAUCGUAGUAGAUGAGACCGAUAAGGAAAAAGGACCAAAGCCAGAAGAGGAGCCUACUUCCGGCAGUAAGCGUGAAAGACAAGGCGAUUCCGAAGAUGACGAUGUGACAACCGAGCCCAGCAAGCGUUUGAAACAGGUUGAGUCAAUCCUGGAUGAUAUCAACCUGGAUAACAUUGAAUCACGAAUCAAAGUUCAUACGAUUCAAUCGCCGGAAGCGUGCACCCAUGAAGUAGCAGUAUACCCUGAUCAUAAAUAUCGACCGUUGGUAUCACCAACAGGGAAACCAGCCAAAGAGUACCCGUUCGUAUUAGAUCCUUUCCAAAAGGAAGCAAUUUUGUGCAUUGAGAAUCAACAGUCGGUCCUAGUGUCGGCUCAUACAUCGGCAGGUAAAACGGUGGUCGCAGAAUAUGCUAUCGCCAAAUCAUUAGCUGAAAAACAACGAGUUAUCUAUACCACACCCAUCAAAGCUUUAUCCAAUCAAAAAUAUCGAGAAUUUCAUGAAGAAUUCAAAGAUGUUGGACUGGUUACAGGAGAUGUGACGAUUAAUCCGUCCGCUUCCUGUCUCAUUAUGACGACUGAAAUUCUUCGAAACAUGCUCUAUCGUGGAUCAGAGAUAAUGCGUGAGGUAGGAUGGGUUGUGUUUGACGAAAUUCACUACAUGCGUGAUAAAGAGCGAGGAGUUGUAUGGGAAGAAACGCUCAUUCUGCUGCCGGACAAUGUACACUACGUAUUUCUUUCCGCCACAAUCCCAAAUGCACGUCAAUUUGCCGAAUGGGUUUGCCACAUUCAUAAGCAACCGUGUCAUGUGGUGUAUACAGAUUAUCGUCCGACGCCGCUCCAGCACUACCUGUUUCCCGUUGGCGGUGACGGAAUUCAUUUAGUGGUCAAUGAAAAGGGACAAUUCAAGGAGGAUAAUUUUAAUACAGCCAUGUCCGUGCUACAAAACGCAGGGGAUGCUGCAAAAGGUGAUCAGAAAGGUCGCAAGGGAGGUCUCAAACCAACCAAUUCCGGUGAAACGAACAUCUUUAAGAUUGUGAAAAUGAUUAUGGAGAGAAAUUUUGCACCGGUUAUUAUUUUCUCCUUUAGUAAGAAAGAUUGCGAGAUUUUCGCAAUGCAGAUGUCAAAACUGGAUUUUAACUCGACAACCGAAAAGAAGUUGGUUGACGAAGUUUUCAACAAUGCAAUGGACGUUUUGAGCGAAGAAGAUCGACAGCUGCCACAGGUUGAAAAUGUACUUCCUUUAUUACGACGUGGCAUUGGUAUUCAUCACGGUGGCCUGCUUCCUAUUUUGAAGGAAACUAUCGAGAUAUUGUUUGGCGAGGGACUAAUUAAGGCGCUUUUUGCUACGGAAACUUUUGCGAUGGGAUUGAAUAUGCCAGCUAGAACGGUACUAUUCACAGGACCACGAAAAUUCGAUGGUAAAGACUUUCGUUGGGUAACCUCCGGUGAGUAUAUCCAGAUGUCUGGGCGAGCAGGUCGGAGAGGUUUGGACGAUAAAGGUAUCGUUAUAUUGAUGAUUGACGAAGCUGUUUCUCCAGCGGUUGGCAAAGAAAUUGUCCAGGGCAAACCUGAUCCAAUAAAUUCUGCGUUUCAUUUAACGUAUAAUAUGGUGCUGAAUUUACUGCGCGUUGAGGAAAUCAACCCAGAGUAUAUGUUGGAAAGAUCGUUCUUCCAGUUCCAAAAUCAGUCAUCUAUCCCGGAAAUUUACAAAAAAGUUCAACAGAAACAGAAAGAGCUAGAUAAAGUAUACAUAAAAGACGAGCAGUCGAUUGUGUCCUAUCAUCACGUUCGUGAGCAGCUGGAUACUCUAGGGAAACAGUUCAGGGAAUAUAUCACUAGACCCACCUAUCUGGUUCCAUUUUUGCAGCCGGGAAGGAUGAUUAAAAUUCAGUCAGAUGCCGGGGAGUUCGAGUGGGGUAUCAUUGUAAACUUCAAGAAAGAAACAGCCGAUGCUAAAGCAAAUCCGCUUAAAUCAGAAACAAAAGUAGUUAUUGAUGUAUUGCUGCACGUUGACGAUGGAUUCGAAAAAGAGGGGGUCCCCAAACCUUGUUCGGAAGGAAAACGUGGUUCGGUGGAAGUCGUUCCAGUCUUGCAUACGCUUGUUCAUCGGAUAAGUUCUCUUCGGGUUUAUUACCCGAAUGAUUUGCGCCCAUCGGACAAUCGACGAUCGGUUCUCAAAACAAUUAACGAAGUCAAGAAACGAUUUCCCCAAGGACCUCCCCUGUUACAUCCAAUCAAUGACAUGCACAUCAAGGAGAAGGAUUUCGAAACUAUAGUAGAUAUGAUAGACAAAUUUGAAAAACGCCUUUAUUCACAUCCAUUACACGAAUCGCCCGAGUUGGAUAAACUGUAUUUAAAAUACAUGGAUAAACUUGAGCUAGAACGUCAGCUGAAGCAGGAGAAAAAUGCCUUUCGUGAAGCAAAAAGUCUGCUUCACAUGGAUGAACUGAAGCAUCGAAAGCGGGUUUUGCGUCGUUUGGGCUACUGCACGGCCGCAGACGUCAUCGAGUUCAAAGGUCGUGUUGCGUGCGAACUUAGCUGCGCCGAUGAACUGUUGUUAACGGAAAUGAUAUUUAAUGGUACCUUUACAAAUCUUACCACCGCACAGGCGUGCUCUUUGCUUUCUUGUUUUGUUUGCGAUGAGAAAAGCUCGGAAGUUCCAGCCGCUACGGAGGAGCUUUCGGGCCCGUUACGACAGAUGCAGGACCUUGCUCGGAGGAUAGCAAAAGUUUCGAAUGAAUGUAAAGUAGAGCUGGAUGAGGAACGGUACGUCGAGUCUUUUAAGCCAUUCCUCAUGGAUGUGGUACUGGCGUGGUGCAAAGGAUCUUCGUUCCUGCAGAUUUGUAAAAUGACAGAAAUUUUCGAGGGAUCUAUUAUUCGCUGUAUGCGGCGUCUGGAAGAGCUGCUACGACAAAUGGUGCAAGCAUCGAAAACCAUCGGCAACACCGACCUGGAAAACAAGUUCUCCGAAGCGAUACGGUUGCUGAAACGAGACAUCGUGUUUGCUGCUUCAUUGUAUCUAUAAAUAUUUUACCUCGAUAAUUUAACUCUUUAGCAAUAGUAUGAAAUACUGAAGAUUUCAAUA